AUGGCGGACGUGACUUUGGCUCGAGAAGCGCAAGCUGUGCUGGAGUUGUUCGCCAAGGUCGCCGACCUUAACGAACUUCUUGGGCACGACACUGUGGAUACCAAUCCUGAGAAACUUAAGUCCGGAUCGUCAACUUCACUGGACGAUCAACGUGGACGCUUCAACAUUUUCGCACGCAACGUCGGUGUCUUUGCUCAAGGCCAUGCUUCCUUGGACUGGCGCUUGCGCGAGAGUGAGGAUGCGCUCGAUCUGACGCGACAGCUUCUCCAAUCCGUCCAAUGGUUUCUCCGACAAGCCAUCGAGAAGACGAUCACAUCGAAUAGCGCAUCAUCUAUCCAAGCUGAAUCUGGGCCACCGGAAUACGACACCGAAGACGGCGUCAGCACGUCGAUAGCUUCGUAUGUUACUUCAGAGGCUUCUCAUGCGCUUACAGACAACACGCAAGACACAGACCCUGCAGGAGCAACUUCGAAUCCAUUAGAGGGUGUCGACGCUACCAUCGAUCGGCUUUAUCGCCUAUCCAGGCUUAUUCGUACUCCCUCCCUGGCCUCGCAGAACGCCAAAGCCGCCCAACAUCCAAUGCUAGACGACGAGGGCACCGAUGCAUCGCCUGCUUUUCACGACUACGCCACCAAAGUCAUUGAGCACCGUUGUCCAAAAACAGCGCCGGAUCUGGUGGCAAAGCUGGCGCAGGCUGUGACCGCUCGAAGGCAGCGUUUCUUGUAUCGCAGGGAUCAUCAGCAUAAGCUAGGAUUGCAAGCAGUCGAUACGAAUGAUUCAAACUCAGCAACGCGCACGAAGAACACGCCGACCCCCUCGGUGAUCAACAUGGGAUUACUGGGCCGCGCUUCGCAUCCUGGUAGUUCUGUACACCGACUGCAAGCUAAGGUCCCGGCGUUAUCUGCCACUUCGGCAUCCGCAUUCUCGAACACCAAGUUUCGGCGAGAAGCUGUAGUUGGUGCCCAGUCUGUCAUUUCAACGGUCGUGUAUUCUCCAGAUGAACAUGUCGGAUCAUUUCAGCCACCCCCACCCCCCAAGCUAGAACCAGGCAGCAAAGAGUUCGAAUGCCCAUACUGUUACAUUGUCAUGCCCAUUAGAGAAGCGAAAGCUCCUCUUUGGAAGUAA